AUGGGGUACGAUCUUGCUCGGGCUUUGCGCCGUCGAAGCUCGAGCCGUGGUUCGAGAAGCAGCCCCUUCAGCACCGAUGAGGGCCGUAAUGGCGGCAACUAUUAUCGUGGUGCGAUGCGACGCCCGCACCACUUUGUUGAUUACACCUACCCCGAUGACUCUCUGAUCCCCUACAAUGCGAAACUGAAACUCGAGCCGCCAGCAAAGGCCGCGAUGCGGAAGAGGCCAGAGGAAAGACCAUUAAGGCAAACCAUGGCAGACACGACAUUCUCUUCCAGCUCAAGUCUAUCGCCUGAUGGUUCUCGAAAUGCAGUCUGGCACGUCUGCCGCACGACGACAGACCCCAAAGAAUUCGUCGACAUUGUGGAAAGCUUGACGCCCAAGCAAGGUGGCACACAACUGUCCUUCGUCUCAUAUUGCUACGAGGACGAGGAAGUGCGAUUCAAGAUCCAAGUAUAUUCUACCUUCGCGAACGGUGCGAGUAUCGACUUCGCCUGCUCUUUAGACGAGCAAGCAUUCGGCGCACUUGGGGAGCUAACCACACCGUCGACACUAAGCUACGACGCUGUCGGAAUCAUAGACAGUCUGUACUUUCGCGCAAAUGACAUGGCGUUCUUCGAAGUGCAGCGACAAUUACUGGCCCAAGGGCUUCGAGAUGUAGCUUACAGGCCGAUCAAAUGGCUGUCGUGGAUAGAAGAGAAGAUGAUGGAUGCAAAAAAGUUGUACCUUCGACGACUGAGCUUCCCAGAGUGGCGCACCGACGAAUCUUCGGAAAAUUGUUGUCUCACAAAGGCAUCUCCCCUUGAACUACCUGUCCAGAUCAUUUACCCCUGCGGCUAUCCAGAUGAGAUGGGACCAGAGCAAUUCAAAGCACUAACAUCGGAGGAAUGUCUGCUUGCGCAUUGCGACAAUUGUGGGGCGAGAAUACUGCCAAGCGAGGACUUCUUCGACCUAGCAGUUCUUGAGAGUAACGAGAGUGUGAUUGAUCAUGCUGACGAGCAGGAAUCCAAUCGUAAUCUUGAUGAUCACAUCACAAGCCACGAGGUGUCGACUGUCUCAGCAGAAGCCGUGAUGAAUUGUUUGGAGCUGGCACUAAUGACGAUGCAAGCAGACGCCACCAUCAUGCCAGAGUCACAAGCAUUUUGCAUGCGUGAGGAGACGCAAUUUGCGCUAUACGCUGUCCAGCUUGAACUUGAACAACGUCACCAUCUUCGCGUUACACCAGUGCAUCUCGGUGCGAAGCUGCUCCACUGCAUCGACACGAAGCUCGAGGACGACGCGAGGCAGCACGGCUGGACUGAAGCCAGCGGCGUAGUCCCGACUGCACCAGGAUGGAGGGGCGAUGUUAGGAUCUGGAUCAAGCGAACGGUGAACAUGCUUUACCUCCGCCGGUGUGACAAGACUGGCUAUAAGCAUCUCGGAGUGCACAAGCAGGAUGAUGAAGUGACGUACAUCAAUCACACCUUCGAAACCCCGGAUGAUAAAGACGAAGAACUUGACUCUGCCCAAGAAGAAGAUGACGAUGAAGAAGAUGAGCAGGAUUUGAACAUGAAUGGCGAGCUUACCAUGGAAGACGAAAUGGAACAUGAGGUGGAUGAGUGGUCUGUUUAG